AUGGUGACCAAGGCAUCACCUUGGACGUCUAUCAGCAAGUGGAUCGCGAACAUAAGGCCGAGCACGGCACGGCCAUACCACGCGGCAGUGUGGCCCUCCUACGGCAUCACCACCCCCGUCGCUCAGCAGGUCCGAAAAUCGCCAUUUAGAUUCGAGACCGGAUAUGCUCUGUGUGCGAAACGACCCCCACGGCCAUUUCCCCCGCCGUUCCUGUCUCCACCGUCCACAUCCUUUUCCGAUCCCUUGACCACUCAACUGAGCCAGGAUAAGAGAUUAUCCGUCAAGGGCGAGCUAGUCCGGGGUCUAAACAACGGAGACGAUGCCAUCCUGGUCUCGGAAAACUUCCUAGGCGUCGACGAUGGCGUCGGCGCUUGGGCCACGAGACCCCAUGGCCAUGCUGCUCUCUGGUCGAGACUCCUGCUACACUUCUGGGCUCUCGAGGUCGAGGGUAACAUUGAUAAGAGCACCAGCUGUCUCGACCCGGUCGGAUACUUGCAAUCUGCAUACGAAGAGACGAUUCGCGCGACAACAUCUCCUACACAUUGGCAAGGAACGACCACCUCGGCAACCGCUAUUCUACACUGGACGAAUGAGAAGGAUGGCACACAGAAUCCACUGUUAUACGUGACGAAUCUCGGCGACUGCAAGAUCCUCGUGAUCCGGCCAAGCGAGGAGAAAGUCAUAUUUCGAACCGCGGAGCAAUGGCACUGGUUCGACUGUCCCAUGCAACUCGGAACGAACAGCGUCGACACACCGAGGAAAGAUGCGGUAUUAUCAAAGGUUGCGAUAGAGGAAGACGAUGUCGUUCUGGCCCUGUCUGACGGUGUGAUGGACAAUCUCUGGGAACACGAGGUAUUGAAAGUCAUCACCGACAGCAUCAACAAGUGGGACCUGGGACAUGCUGUGGCUGCGGAGGUGGCCCAGAAUCCUGGACUGUCCGAUGAACGGAAUGUAUACGUCGCCCGGGAGUUGCUCCAUGCUGCUCUGGCCAUUGCCCGGGAUCCUUUCGCGGAGAGCCCGUUUAUGGAGAAGGCCGUGGAUGAGGGACUUGCUAUUGAAGGAGGUAAGAUCUAUCCUUGGUCUUAG